CCGACUUCGGCAUGAGCAGGAACCUCUACAGCGGGGACUACUACCGCAUCCAGGGGCGGGCGGUGCUCCCCAUCCGGUGGAUGUCCUGGGAGAGCAUCCUGCUGGGCAAGUUCACAACAGCCAGCGACGUGUGGGCGUUCGGCGUGACACUGUGGGAGACCUUCACGCUGUGCCGGGAGCAGCCCUACUCCCAGCUGUCUGACGAGCAGGUCAUCGAAAACACCGGCGAGUUUUUCCGGGACCAGGGCCGGCAGACCUACCUUCCCCAGCCUGCACUUUGCCCUGACUCAGUCUAUAAGCUAAUGCUCAGCUGCUGGAGACGGGACACUAAAGAUCGUCCCUCCUUCCAGGACAUCCACCGCCUUCUCCAGGAGUCAGACAGUGAAGAAUGACCCUUGGCUCCCCCUCAGCCCGGUCCCCAUCCCUCCCCAUCCCCAGUACGCAAACUGAAGCCACUUCACUCGGACUUAGCAAUCCAACCCAGGCAGCUGGUCUUGUUCUCGUUGUACAGUGAAGCCUCAGAGGAAAACCCCCAGGCCGGCAAGGAGAGCCACAGCGUGGGACACCUCAGACCUCCCGCCUGCUUGCUGACCUGAGCCCGGGAGAAACACAGGCUGAGAGGAGGAUUAUUUAUUGAUGCAGCGUGUU